UAAAUAUAGAAGCGCAGUUCCAUAAUUUCAUCUUAGUUGCGCGUCAAUCUCGAGACUAUAGUAGAGGACUAGAAAUCUUCGCUCAACUGGACGGAGCUUUGCUGCGCAGCAGCACUGUUACAGCUGCGUUUGAGAGAAAAUAACUUCCACUAGAUUCUAUCUAAUAAGCUCUUAGUUCACCAUGUAGCGAGGCUUUGUCAUGCCGAUUCUUAGCGGUAUUGUUGACGACGUUGUCGAAUGACACGGUGUCGUAGCAGCAGCCGUUAGUCUGGCUGGAAUUUAAUCGCCGAAAUUCCGCGAACUAGUUAGGUGAUUCUGUUCCGUACCACACUUGAUACCAUCAGGCAACAUGGCAGAGUUAAAGCCAGAAUUAAAGAAGCCGUUGCUACCCCCCCGGAGACCGCCCGUCCCUCCAGUCAUCUCCCCGCAACCCCCCGUGUCCAGCGGACUUUCCGCCGCUCUCCCAAAUCUCCCGGGACCCCCGCAAUCCCACUUCCGCCUAGGCGGAAAACCCCCAGCUGCUCCGCCGGCCUCUGCCCCCCCAUUGUCCCCUCACCUCUCGCCGCUACUCACGCCGCAUUUCACGGGCGCUGGCGCCAGUAGGGACCUAGGAUCCGCAUCCUCCGCGUCCGGCUCCAUCGCUUCGGGGGGAACGGGCGCGACCGCCAACGGCGUGCGGGGAGGCGGAGGCGGAGGGGCUGGGGGAGGGGGAGGGUUCGGCGGAGGGUUUGGCGGAGCGGCGGGUGCGCCUCCCCUGCCUGUGGGGGCGAAGAAGAAGCGCGGGCAGGGCGUGCGGUCGUGGAUUCGGAUUGACCCGUCGGGGGAAGUGAGCAUCCUGGAAGUGGACAAGGGCACGCUCAUGCGACGAUGCGACCUGCCCGGUCGAGACCUGCGUCUGCUUGACCCUGUGUUCGUGUACCCGUCCACCAUCCUGGGGCGAGAGCGCGCCAUGGUGGUGAACCUCGAGAGCAUCCGCUGCAUCAUCACCGCGGACGAGGUGCUCCUGCUGAACGUCACAGACCCGGCAGUGCAGCAGUUCAAGCAGGCCCUGCAGCGGCGGCUACUGCUGGGCAUGGCUGCCCCCUCAGACUUCAGAGUGGCAUGGAGGACCGAGAGACCAGGCGAGAACGGCUUCUCUCUUGACGCUCCGGAUGCCAGCAUUCAGAGGCGCGAGAUCAGCAGCGAGGACAUGUUCAGCGGGUCUGGGUCCACAGCGGAGGAGGACGAUCUGCCGUUUGAGUUCAAGGCGCUGGAGCUCGCUCUCGAGCUCUCGUGCUCGGGGCUGGACCGCCAGGCGCAGGAGCUCGCCCAGGAGGCGUACCCGCUAUUGGAGCGCCUGGCGUUUCAGAUCAGCACCACGAAUCUGGAGCUGGUGCGAAGAAUCAAGAGCUCCCUCCUCGGCCUCACCCGGCGCGUGCAAAAGGUGCGGGAUGAGAUCGAACAAUUGAUGGAUGACGAUGGGGACAUGGCGGAGAUGUACCUCACCCAGAAGCGCCUGCUUGCGGAGGAGAGGAGUGAGAGCGAGAGAGGGCCGCACCGUGACGAUGGCAGCGACCACUCGCACACGCCUAGGGAGUCGCUGGGGGGGUUUGGGUCGUCCAUCUCCGCUCCUGUCUCGCCUGCUGGCUCGCCCACCAAGCAUGGAGGUCAUUUCUUGGAUGGUAGGCCCUCGGGAUUGGCCCCAGCCCCCUCCAUCAGCUUCUGGAGCGGCGCGCACAGUGCGAGUGACAGCACGGCCACCAGCGUGGAGAAUGUAGAGGAAUUGGAGAUGCUUCUGGAGGCCUACUUUGUGGUCAUCGACGGCACGCUCAACAAGCUGACUCAGCUGUCGCAGUACAUCGACGACACGGAGGACUUUAUUAACAUUCAGCUGGACAAUGUUCGCAACCAGCUGAUUCAGUUUGAGCUCAUUAUGACCACCGCUGGGUUUGUGGUGGCGCUAUGGGGGGUGAUAGCCGGCACAUUCGGGAUGAACGUGCCGCUGGGGCUGGAGGAGGCGCCCUACGCGCUCAAGUGGAUCCUCAUCGACUCGGGCGUCGGCGGUGUUCUCAUAUUCCUCAGCUUCCUCGCGUAUUUCCGGUACAAGAACUGGACCAUCACGUGAGGGACGGUGACGGGUGUGCUUUUGGGUCGACCCUGCACCCUAAUUGUCCUCAUCUCCCUGAGCUUCCUGUCCUGCUUCCGGUACGAGAAUUGCACCAUCCAUCGCAUGGGCAUGCCUCAUGGCGCAGUGUAACAUAGAGCUUCUGAGGGGCUCAGAGCUUCUGAGGGGCUCAGAGCUUCUGAGGGGCUCAGAGCUUCUGAGUCAGAAGCGCUCCUUCCAUUCUUUCGCCACAAGUUCGGCGGCGACUAAUCGAAGAAGAGCUGAGAGGGAGGCAAGAGCAUGGUGCAGUGUAGUGUAGCGCGGCGCUGGUAGCUGUGGUGCGGCGCUGGUAGCUGUGGUGCGGCACUGGUAGCUGUGGCACGGCGCUGGUAGCUGUGGCGCGGCGCUGGUAGCUGUGCACGGCGCUGGUAACUGUGGCGCGGCGCUGGUAGCUGUGGCGCGGCGCUGGUAGCUGUGGCGCGGCGCUGGUAGCUGUGGCGCGACGCUGGUAGCUGUGGCGCGGCGCUGGUAGCUGUGGCGCGGCGCUGGUAGCUGUGGUGCAGCACUGGUAGCUGUGGCGCGAGCGGGAACCGGUGUGCAGUGCCGGCUUUGAGGCGUGUUAGAAACCUUCCUCGUGGCCGCUUUUGGAGUACACAAACUGGAUUGUUUUGCAACGUGCGAGUGUGAGCGGGGUGUGACACCCACCCAUGUCACAAGUGUGACACCAAUGUUACAUGUGUGACAUGGGUGAUUGCUCCAUGGGUGAUUGCUCCAUGGGUGAUUGCUCCAUGGGUGACUGCUCCAUGGGUGACUGCUGGAACAUGUCAUCACUGUAGUGUGGUGGCUGACUGGUGGCACCAGAUGCAUUACGAAGGUACGGUAGUAUUGAGUUGAGGGGUCUUGGACAGCUGCAGGCGCCAACAAGGGGGUAUUGAGUUGAGGGUGGGGGUUGAGGGGGUACUCGUUGUCAAGGAGUAGACUUUGAGGGUGGGUGUGCAGCCAACAUGGCUUUCAACCGUGGUUGGAGGCACGGUACCUACAGGCGUAUUCUGCAGGCGCAGCAGCAUCUACACUAACAAUUCAAAGUGUAUCAGUUAAUGCAUGGCACGAAACAAUGCCUUCACCAUUGUCUGUUGUGUAGCAUGUUCAAAUUCAAGCUGCAGGGCAAUCACUAUCAC